AGAAGACCAAACAUGACCACCACCUCACUCUCUUUGAUCUUCUUGCUCUUCUCUUUCCUCACCCCAACCCUCAUUUCCUCUUCACCUGUUCAGAACCCUGAAUUUGUGACACAAGAGGUAAACAGGAAAAUCAAUGCCACUGUAGCUAGGAGGAAUUUGGGGUACCUCUCGUGUGGGAGUGGCAACCCCAUUGAUGAUUGUUGGAGAUGUGACUCCAAUUGGGAGAAUAAUAGGCAAAGGCUAGCAGAUUGUGCAAUUGGUUUCGGAAAGAACGCCAUUGGUGGAAGGGAUGGUAAGAUAUAUGUUGUCACCGACUCCGGCGACGAUGAUCCGGUGACCCCCAAACCGGGGACCCUCCGGUAUGCGGUGAUUCAAGACGAGCCAUUGUGGAUCAUAUUUGCAAGAGACAUGGUGAUUCAAUUGAAGGAAGAACUCAUCAUGAACUCAUUCAAGACCAUUGAUGGAAGAGGCGCGAGUGUGCAUAUUGCUGGUGGUCCAUGCAUUACUAUUCAGUAUGUUACCAAUGUUAUAAUACAUGGGAUACAUAUACAUGAUUGUAAGCAAGGUGGGAAUGCUAUGGUGCGGAGCUCCCCACGGCACUACGGGUGGAGAACCAUAUCGGAUGGUGAUGGUGUCUCCAUCUUCGGAGGAAGUCACGUAUGGGUGGACCAUUGCUCCUUGUCUAACUGCGCUGAUGGUUUGAUCGAUGCCAUUGAAGGGUCCACAGCAAUUACUAUCUCCAACAAUUACAUGACACACCACGACAAGGCUAUGCUGUUGGGUCAUAGUGACUCAUACACUCAAGACAAAAACAUGCAGGUCACAAUAGCUUUCAACCACUUUGGAGAAGGGCUUGUUCAAAGGAUGCCAAGGUGUAGGCAUGGAUAUUUUCAUGUGGUGAACAAUGACUAUACUCACUGGGAAAUGUAUGCCAUUGGGGGAAGUGCUAACCCAACCAUCAAUAGCCAAGGCAACAGAUUUGUUGCACCCGAUAACAGAUUCAGCAAGGAGGUGACAAAGCAUGAGGAUGCACCAGAGAGUGAAUGGAAGGGGUGGAACUGGAGGUCAGAAGGAGACUUGCUGGUAAAUGGUGCGUUUUUCACAGCAUCAGGGGCAGGGGCCUCUUCUAGCUAUGCAAGAGCUUCUAGCUUAAGUGCAAGGCCAUCUUCACUUGUGGGUUCGAUAACUACUGGUGCUGGUUCACUCAAUUGUAGGAAGGGUUCUCGUUGCUGAUUAAGACCCCUCGAGCAACUGUCUCUGCAGGCCGGUCCAUUAAUUCCAAAAAUAUAUAAGAAAACAAAAGGGGAGGAAGUGGGAAAAUGAAUAGCCCUAUAUACUAUGGUCCUUUCUUUAGCUAGGAUGUACUUUUCCUAUGAGAAAUUUCCUUCCUCCAUUAUUUUCUUUUCUUUUCUUUUUUAACAUUGUUUCUUGCUAUUUGUCCCCCCUUUUUUUUUUUCUUUCUUUUGGUUUUCUGAUUUCCUCUACUUUUUCCUUGAUUACAACC